AUGGCGGAGUCGAGGACGUUGCCGCGCGGGCGCGGUCUCCGCUCCAUAUCAGCAGGUAUGAAACCCGGUUGCGCCAUUCCCACCGCGCAGCACCACUCAUCCACGACGCGCGGGGCGGAGGCCGACGAGGUCGGGGACGUACAUGAAGAGGUGAUGACGCUACAAAUGUUAUUGCGGGAGCGCACUGAGCAAGUGGAGCGGUUCCAGGCGCUUCUGAGUGAAAGGCGGCUACUCCAGCGGCAUGAUGAAGCUCUUGGAAAGCGUAUGCGGCAAUACGAGGAACAGCUGGUGCAGCUGGGCCUUGCCGUGAGGGAACUUAUUCCCACGGCGAAGGGGGAGAAGGGGCCUGCGGUAGAUGUAGCGGACAGGGGGCCGUCGUCGCCGCCGAUAUCUGUGCGUGAAAUCAUGGAUGGCGUCUAUCAGCUGCGUUACGAGAAGCACCGCCUAGAGGAGGCGUUAGCAAAGAGGGAGCGUGAGCUAGACGCCGUCCGUGCGGAGCUUCAGCAUGCGCAGGGGGGCGACAAAGUCCAGGAACUGCCACUGCAAACCGAAGUGACGGGAACGAAUGCCUGUUGUACCACCGCACCCACGCAGACAGCGGUGGAGGAAGAGGCUGGGGUCUCUCUUGAGCAUCAACUGGCAGAGGUGCGGGAAAAAUUAUCCUGCGCGGAAAAAAAAAUUACGGUGUAUCAGGGGGAGUGCAGUACGAUGCGGCAGGUAAUUCGUGAGCGGGAAAAAGAGGUUUUGGAGUUGCAGCGUCAACACCGAGAGGCGGUGGGCACCCGAUCAAAACAACCAGUCCAGGUAGAAGAACAACAACUUUUUUCCUCCCAGUGGAAAAACACGAAGAAGCUAAUCUCAUCGCGGCACCGCAGUUUUUUUCAUGGCGCGGAGUGGCUACAGAUUUUGAAUGAAAAACCCGAGGCAGUGCGGACUGCCUUUUUGAGGGAUGCAUCGUUAGAGUUAUGUGCACCGUGUGGGUUUAUCUCUGUGGUGGAGAUGCAAGCGGGGUCUGAUUUUGUUGCCAUUGAGGUGGAGGUGCGCCGUCCUGCCUCGCUUGCUGACGACAAGGUGGAGUUGAUUUUGCUGCAAUGCCGCUUUACGGAGAUGCAGCGGCUACUGGCACUCCGGCACGAGCCAAAGGAGGGCUGGGACAUGGUGCAGGCGCAACUGCGGGAGGCACAGAGCGCCAUGGCGACCAAAGAGCGGGAAGCUUUGGAGCUGCAAGAACGACUGCAGCGCGUGGAGAGACUGCUUGCUGAGCACCAUGACGAGCGCGAGGCGGAAGACCGGUGGAUGCAUGAGGCUCUCGACGAGACUGAAAAAACGGUGAUGGUGAUGCACAAGGAGGUGAAGGAACAGCGGGAGAAAGAGAAGAGAAUGGAAGCGCGGCUUAACUCUGCCACGGAGUUGCUCGAAGUUCGUGAGAAGGAAAUUUCUGAACUUACAGUCCGACUGCAAACAGUAACCGCAGAGGCAGAGCGACAAGAGGAGCGUGCCGCUGAGCGACUUGACGAGUUGCGCCGUAGAGCCUCCACCGAGCUUCGUGGUGUGGAAGAGAAACGGCGUCAGGAGCUCUCCACUCUGCGGCAGCAGCACCAACAGCAACUUUGCAAAGUCGCCGAAAUUUAUCGGCCAGUCACACACUCGCUUACACUUGAUUGCGACCCACACGCCAGGGAAGCAAUGGCAUUACUGAACUCCAAGGGCAGUGAUAUUCUGCGGGCCCUCGUGCUCAACGAAGCCGCUAUCGCCGUCAACGCCAUCCCACGGAAGGUUGUUUCGCUCACAUGCACUGGUAACGAAUUUCGGGCGGAGGUGCAACUGCAGGUAAGCACCCUUGCUUUGGAUGAGGCAUGUGUGGUGGAGAGUGUGCGGCACUUCCGGGCUCCUACAGCGACACUCUUUCUGCAGCAGUGGGUCGAGGCAAAGGAAUUGGUGGAAGACCGCAACCGGGAGAUUCAACGCCUUACGCAGGAGUUAGCGGCGAUGAGUGCAAAGGCGGAGGAACUUAUUGCGCGUAACGCACAACUCACGUCAGAGGCGGAGGUUAAACUCCGCAAAGAGCGUGAGCACCCCUGUGAUACCGAGAAGCGAAGCACGGCCCUUGCGGAGGAGGUUUCCCGCAUUCGUGAGGCUCUUGGCAUGGACGACACGUCACAGUCCCUCCCAGCGCGUGUGGCACGUCUUGGGACGGCGGUAGCAGAGGCAGAGCAAUCGAGGGAGGAACAUGAGAAGAAGUGUCGUGUUGAGCGAGUGCGGGUGCAGUCGUCUGGACAACAGCUGUGUGGGACUGAAAACGAAAAGCAUCAGAUGUAUCGCCGUCUCGCGGAGAGGUUGCGGGAGUCAAAACAGGACCUGGAGAGGGCUACAGAGGCUCUUGAGUCACUGCAUGGCGAACACCGGCAACUGCUGGAUAGACAUGCCUCCAUACAACGGCUACUAGACCGGCAAGAACAGGCGCUGAUAGAGGUGCAGGCGACACGACAGCACAAACUUCAGCUGCAGCGAAAAGGGGAGAACCACGACCCCUCGAAGCGUGUGGCCGGGGAUACCGAAACGGCCGUAGAAGAGAGGCAUGAUGUUGUCGCCGCACUCCAUAGUGCAUAUGCAGAAUACGACGAGGUGUACGAAACAUUAGAGAGCUGCACGCGGAAGUGGCGGAAAACGGAAAAGCUGCAGCGAGACAAGCUGCAAGAGCGUGAGAAGGAAUGUAACGAGCUCCGUGCACAGCUUGCGAUAUUGCAGCAGGAAUUGCGGCGGCGACAGGAGGAAGCCACUACUGAGGCGUCCGAUUGCAAGCACAGUGAAGUGGAGCGCGAUGAACUGCUAAACCGCAUUCAGAGCGAAAUGCAGGCACUUACUGGACGGUUGGCGAAGAAUGAUGCCCUACAGCGUGAAACCGAGUCAGCUAAGAGGGCGCUCGAACAGCAGGUGGCGAGGUUGCAACAACAGUGUGACGCUUGUGAGGCUGAGCGAAGGCAACUGCAGGGGGCAUCCACCAUCCUGGAGACUGACAGGGCUGCCCUGGAGAAAAAGGUGGGGAAGUUGGAGAGUGAGAUGCAGAACCGAGGUCAGUGGGCGGAGGAGGUGAUGCGGCGGUUGGUAGCGGAGGAGGAUGCACGUCGAGCUGCGGAGAAGGAAGUGGAGGCUUUGAAGCGGUCAUAUGCGACGACACACAAAAGAACAGGAAGUAGUGGUGGUGGAAUAGAAGAAAGCACGAGAGCGGCAACUGUGCAAGAAGUAAAUCGACUACGUAAUUUUUGUAUACAAACUCUUAGGCUGCCUCUUACGGUGAAGGAACAAACAAUCAGUGACGUCGUUGCCUUUCUGGAGCAGCAUCGCGGCUUGGUGGUGGAGGAGCAGGAGAAGUUGGCGGCAGCCCUCGCGUCCAUGAGCGAGGCAUCCGUGUUGCUGAAGCAGUGCAUGGCCGCCACAGAAGGGCACAAGGAAGGAGUCAUGCGGAGGAUGCCAACGUCAGGGACUUCAGGUAAAGAGUCUGCAACUGGUGAUUUACGUGCCUUUGGCCGCUCUCUUACGUACACCGGCGUCAGUGGCGGCGCUGCGGCUCGCUUCGGGCUUCCCCCUACACUGGCCAGCAGAAAAUUCGCUACACCAACGCCCCUGACACGGUUAGAGAGUAGUCACAAACACCUUCAGCGACAGUCUGUGAAAAAGACGGCCCCGUCAGUUGCGCUGGCUUCCACGGCGGCCGAGGUUGUGUCUUUGUCCCAGCUGCUCGCCGGCGUCGUGGCGCAAUGGCGGGACAACGCGAAGCAAAAGGUGGUGGGAAAUAUUGCGGUGUCGAAGAAAUGUUCUGAUCCGUCAGAAGCAUCUGGACGAACGCAGCAUGUCCUCCCCAACGCGCAGCAGCAUCAGAAGGGAUCUCGACAACGAUCCGACUUUGAAAAUGAAGUCACAACGCUAAACUCCAACUGUAGCAGCGACUUUUUGCGCCGCAGCCGUGCUCAUGCGUUGUGUGUUGCACUUUCUGUGAAGGACCAUUUGCACGACGCGUUGGCCACGCUGCAGUCUGUGCUGCAUGCCUUCCACAAGGAAACCCACACCCUGAGUGGCCGCUUUGCGGCCGACUCCAUCCACGACCUGCGGAUGUCAGAGGGGUGCGUCAUGUACGCGCUGAAGCGUAUUUCACAGUCCGCCGACGCCAUUUUUUCGCCGAAGGAGCGGCGCGAAAUUGAGGCAAGGCGUGGUGCUGAGUACUUCAGCGUUCCGGUGGGGUGGCACGACGACGACGCUUCAGCCGCGUAUGACCAAUCGCCGCCCUUCCACACACCGAAGAGACAGAGGCAGCCGGGUAACACUUUGGUGUUGCGUGACGUCAACGUUUCGACGUCGCCGUCGCGCUCGUGUGAGAAGCAAGAAUCUGAUGGCGUGCGCAAUGGAGUCGCGGUUGCGGAGUACCGGCAGAACCUGAGCCCAGAGGACAACAAGCUCAUUCAGUGGGCUUUGCUAGAGGCCCGUCGACGCAAACGGUGA